GCAAGUUGGAAGUUGCCUGGUUGGUGCAAUUAUUAGGAAAAAGGCAGAUUCUCUUUCCCAAUUCAACCUGGCUAAUAUGAAUCAUAUGAGCAAAUAAGAAUGUCAAACUUUCAGAUUUUCACUUAAAAUUAAAAUUAGAUUCAGUGGGAUGACCAAUUUGAUUUUGAGUUCAGAGGAGAGAGAAAGUUCAGAGGUAGUUGUUGAAGCUCAUCAGGGAAUUCCACAAAUACCCAUUGAUUUAUUCGUGAAGAAAAAUCGAAAAGGCGUCCGCUUUUCCGACGCUUUUGGCAACCUGAUCUUCAAAGUUGCCGACGCUCCUUCACUUUUGCCGGUACUUGAUCAUGCCUUACGUGGGCGUGUCUUGUUGGACUCCUCCGGCAAUCCUCUCGUCACUAUUUUCCGGUUUCCUGACGGGUCUUGGAAAGGCUUCAAGGGAGAUGGUUGUGAGGAACUGUUUUUCAAGGUGGAACAGAAGCUGAAUUCAUUUAAUAAAAUAGAGUUGAGUGUAACUCUGGCGGGAGAGAAUGGCGCAAACUUAAAUUUUGCAAUGAGAGGUUGCGUUUUCUGGAGAACUUGCACCAUUUAUCAGGACAAAUUCAUAGUAGCUCAGACAAAUCUUAUGUACAAGCUUGGUUUUAGGAAGCAUUUCGUUGGGAGGAGCAAAUUUAGAGUAACUGUAUUUCCUGGGUUUAGCGAUUAUAACUUCCUUGCUUCAUUGGUUUUGGUAUUUUUAGAUGGACGAAAACAACUAUAAUUUUAUUUAUUUAUUUAUUGACAACUUUGAAAGCAAAACAUUUCAUUCAAUUGAGAGGAAAUUCUAACUGAAGCAAGUUAAAAACUUGAUCUA